AUUCGGACCCCUUGCCUGGAUCCUUAUGACUGGAGGUCUAAGAAUGAUAAAUUAAAAAUUAAUUCGCAGGAGAACCCUUUUUUCUACUGACCCCCAGAAAGGACUUGGCGAAUAAGUCUGUAUUUGCAUGUGCCAUGUUGAAUGAACUAUAUGAAAUGUGACUAGGAUUCGCAAUGAAUUAGUUUACAAUAACAGCUUCGAUCCCCAAGGCCGCGCCGCUAUGAUUCAAAAUAUCGGAGGCAACACAUUGUCUUUUUUAAUAAAGAAAACUCCAAGUCUUCUCAUUACUGAGAAGGAUUAAUUAUCUUUGUUUUGUAAGAGUCCGAUUCCCACAACCCGUGAAUUAACACAAGGCCUUUUCUGGAGCUCACCGCGCAAGGGUUUCUGGGUUUAUGGAUUCAUUUUCAAUAUAUAUCAGAUGUAUACAUAGACGCAUUUUAAAGUAGCCCUUACAGAUGUAGGGUGAGUGAGAGAGAGAUAGAAAACUGGAAUAACGCAUCUAAGAUUGAAGAAUCCUCAGUAAGGAACCUGACUCAGAGAACAAAUUGGAUAUAUAUGGUUUGUAAUAAACUAAAUGUAUAAUUGGAUGGUGGAAUAAAGAGGAAAGGAAUAAGAAGAAGAUGUUUUAAGUUACCAGGAAAACAGUGACGAGGAAAAGAUCUUAUUACUGAAACUUGGAAAUCUCCGACUCAUCACCUGCAACAUUUGCUUCCAUUGCACAUCAACUCAUCGCCAUAAUGCCAUUGGUUCCCACAUUCAAUCUGUCCUCAAACAUCACUAACUCCUCUCCAAAUGCCAGUGCUCCCCCUUUUGAUUACAUGAAGACUUGCAGCAAAUUUCUAAACCUGCGAGAAGAGACACCAACAGAAUCAGGGCUAAAGGUCGCAGCCUAUGCCGUGGCAUUCAUGUUGGCUAUGAUUGGAAACAUCCUUGUCAUAGUCAUCGUUCUUCGAAAAAACCAUUUAAAGACAACUACAAAUCUAUUCAUUGUCAACAUGGCGUUCAGUGACGUCCUGAUGGCUUUAGUUUGUAUGCCUACCACUAUGUACAGCAUUGCUUCCAAAAACCUUGGACAAAGCAUCACUGGGAUCGCAGGUUUGAUUAUGUGUAAAUCCUUGCCGUUUCUACAAGGACUAGCGGUAGCUGUCUCUAUAUUGACUUUAUCAACGCUCGCAGCAGAUCGCUUCCUUGCCAUAGUGUAUCCAUUUGAGAACUUCAUUUCAAAGUCUCGGGCAAAGAUACUUAUUGGCUUGGUUUGGUUUGUUGGGUUUGCGUUUAAUGCACCUUUAAUUUACGCGAUGAAGUUUUACUUUGAGGAGGGAAGAUGGUACUGCCACGAGAGAUGGGCUCCGGUCUUUGAUGAAAACAAAGCUGCAAGAGACUACACCGUUGUACUCUUCGUCUUCCUCUACGCCAUUCCUCUAAUCCUGGUCACGUUCUUCUACACUGCGCUCAUCAGGGAACUSUGGCGAGGAAAAUCUUUACAUUCCAACAAGACGAGAGCAUUAACUGAGAACAAAGCUGUGCUGAAGAUGGUGUUUACUGUCAUCGUCGCCUUUGCAAUUUGUUGGCUUCCUGUUCAUGUGAACAUGUUUAUUGUAUUAUUUUCCAACGACAUAAUGAUCAAUAUUUGUGGAAUGAGACCAACUAUUAUUUUCAUUGGCUGGUUUUUGGCUCACGUGAACAGCUCCAUCAAUCCCAUAAUAUACUUCAUUUUCAACGAGAACUUUCGACGCGAAGUUGUCAAAAUGAUGGUGAAUAUUCGUGACUUUUCUCUAAGACGAAAGCGAUCUUCGAGAGAUAUACCGCUACCAGUGAACAGACGUGGAACGACAACACAGAACACGCAUAACAUAAGUUUGUCUUCUAAUGAGGAAAACCACACGGGGAAAAACAACGAAGCUUUCGAAAUGGUAUCUGAAAAUGGAGCUGCAGCAGCGAACGGUUCGGCAAACUUGGCAACGUAAAGAAGGCUGAGUGAGUUCCUGUCGGAAAAGAAGAGUUUAAGAAAAAUUGCGCGCAUACAGACUGAAAAUAUAGUUUCCCUCAACGUAGAGUAAAGGGGAAAAUGUUACCAAUAAUAACAAAAUAAUGUACUACCACCAAGUAUUAAUUAGAAGUUAAAAUACAGUAAUUAUGCUUCAUAGGUCUGUUGAAGCAGUCAUAUCCCUGAUGCCAAACAAAAUGAAGUUGGUAGCUAAUGCCAAUAUCAAGCAUAUAUAGUAACAAAAUAUACUUACUACGCGAACAAACAGACCUCGAAAUGAACUCAGUACAGCUUACAAUGUACAAAGAACCUAGUACACCCUCAAAACAAUCAACGGAAAGAGCGCGCGCUCGUUGACGUCAGCUUUAUCUGUCUGUCCUCUUACUGAUGAUAAAAAAUAACCAAUCAGCGCGCGAGAAAUUUGUAAGUUAUUGUAAAAAAGGCAAUAGAUUACGUCAUAUAGUGAUAUCUCCUUCAACUAGACAAGCUUCAAUAGAUGUUGCACUUUGUAUUGUUUAACGAGCCAAUCAAUGAUACUGCAAUAGACUAUGUCACACAGUGUGAUAUCUCCUUAAGAAAACGAUGAUCCACUUUUUUUUAUUUCAGAAGAUGUCAUCAUUCCCUAGAAUAUUGUUUUUUUAUUCAGUAACACUCAAGAAGGUGCAUUAGUAGAAAAGACAAUAAAGACAGAAUCUUAUUCUCAAGAGAAUGACACRUGGUCUGAAAUGGGAAAACAUUACGCCCAAGGUAAACGGGUCUCUUCGAUGUAUAUAUUAGGCUGAGUCGCUUUUCGACGAAAUUCGAAGAAUUAACUUAGGUGAACAUUACUAGAAUUCAAACUAAUGUAAAAACUAUAGUAAAGUCAUGAUACAACAGAAGCAUGAUUACCAACAUAUAUGAUAUAACAAUAGACAUGGCGGCCAUGUCUUCUGUUAUAUGAUCCAACAUAAUAUGAUAGCCGUGUCUUUUGUUAUAUCAUCCAAGAUGGCGGACAAGUGUUGCUAAUUCAUCCAACAUGGUGGCCAUGUCUAUUGUUUUAUCAUUCCGGUCCUUGGUAAUGACUUUCUAUCUAUUUUUAGAAAAUAUAAAGCGUCGAACGUUUGCACCAUCUCUUAGGAAAACGUUAGGAGGGGGGUCAAUUGACAAAUGUGGCGACCUCCCUUCUAUGUUUUAAAUGUCCUUAUAUGGUUAGGAAUCAAUCACGUGACUAGUUAGUUUAUUCACGUGACUAGUUAUAUUAUUAAGAGUAGUUCCUGCACAGAGUGACUCUAGACUGUAAUGACCUAGUGUAGGAUGGAAAUCCUUAAUAAUAAAGUCAUAUAUUGAGUAAAUAAACAAACUGAAACAUACUGUAA